AUGGAAACCAAGGGUAUAUCACCUCUUCACCAGAGCUCUGGUGGAAUACUCGACUUUAUCAACUUUCAAAGCCCCCUGUCUGUAACUGCUAACAAAAGUCCCGCCAUAGCAAACGCUGAAGUUGGUUCGCGUCAGUUAAGGGAUCGUAUUAUCCAUCUACUUGCCAUCCAGUCGUAUCAGCGGCCCGAACUGAUUUUGCGUCUUAGACGAGACGGUUUAACGGAUGAACAAAAAGACCAAGUGGAUGCCAUUUUGAGCAAAGUCGGGCGGCUUGGGAGACAGGGUGAAUAUCACUUGGCUCAAGUGUUCUUCAAUGUGAUUGAGCCGAAUUGGCCUGGUUAUUCGCCUUCAGAACGUUCCACCGUUGCGUCUCUCAAGGCAAGUGUUUCGGUAUCAAGUAUGACACCCGGAAGCCGGCAAAACUCACCUCUCUCGGGGAUAGAAGACUUUGGGCGGAAACCCACGCGUGCAACCGCCCCCUCGGCGCCCCACGCUUUGGGGAAAAAAAUUGCUGCUCUGGAUCUUCUUUCAUCUGGCAUUCCAGAAGCGACAGUCGCCGCUCAGUAUGGUAUUACCCCGGCUUUGUUGGAAAACUGGAAACUCAAUGAAGCAAGACUGCGCCAUACGUAUGCUCAGCGCCAGGGCUCCAAAAUGCCCCAGUCAGCUAUUCCACCUCACUCAUCAACCCAGGAAUUGCAGAAAAGCAUUAGAAGCGUCACUAAUGCCGCGCCCCCUACCUCUAACACCGCCGUGAAGCCUAGCGCCCCGAAGCGCUCAAGACUUUCUUCUGACGAAAGUGGGGUCCUCUCUGGCAGCUCUUCAUCAUCUACCUCAGGAAAUGGUCUCUCUUUUGCGCCCACCUCAUCCCUCAAUCACCGUUGUACCACAGUUGCUCCUCCCUCCAAAAAACCAUCCCCACCCCUAAUUGAACAAAAUCGUUCCUCUUCGGAGAAAACACAGCAUUCCGUAACGUGCUUUGAUGGCGAGCAAACGAAAAACAGCCUUUCACGGGUCGGAUCACUUUCUAAUCGCGGCAGUAUUCGUCGUCGCCAUCACGGUUGUGGUAGCGAGACGAGUAGCUGCGGCGACAGCAGCGCGCCUUCCGUCGAGACGUCACCGCCACCACAGUUUGGCCGAAAAGGGGUGGACGCAAAUGGGUCUGAAAAAAGCAAACACCAGCGACUCGAUUCCUUCGCCGAAGAGAAGUCAUCCUAUCUCUCCGACGAGGACUAUCUCUUAGACACUAUUUCAUCCAAAAACGCCGAGUUGGAUAGGUUGUACCCGGCAAUUUCAAGUGCAAGCCAGGCAGCUGCAUACCGUGAAGAGUUCGAGAUGUUGUAUCCCAACUACUUGCGCCUUUAUGAACCUUAUCGUGAUGCUUGGAACACCGUGAUGACUCUUAAAGAAAGAAUAAUGGCGCACGUUGGUAACCGCAAUGAGGAGACAAUGACUAGACUUGCUUCUGAACUUGACGACUUCCUGAAGCUUAUGCGUACCCCAGAAAGGCGUGAAGAUGAAGUUCGUCUUCUUGUGAUGACCUACAAGCUGCAGCUUCUCAAGCAGCGACUGGCUGCGUUCGCAUCCCACGACAAGAGCCCUGGUCAAGUGUCUGAUGCCCCGCUUCGGCGCCCGCAACACCGAAAAGCGCUUCUCCGGGCUGGCGCGUCAGAUUAG